GGCACUCACAGCAAGCUGAAAAGACGGAAAGAUUUCUCCAACCCGUCUGCAAAUUCUGCCUGCCUGCGAUGGCUGUGACGGCGCGAUGCUGUUACAGUGUAAACGAGAAUUUGCCUUUUUCUUUAUAUUUUGUUAUUUUCAUACUCGGUAGCCUUACAAAUGCACAAAUUCGAUACUCCAUUCCGGAGGAGCUGGAAAAUGGGGCAUUGGUCGGUGACAUUGUCCGGGAUUUGGGUUUGGACCUGAGAAAACUUUCCACGCGACGCGUCAGAAUCACCUCUGACAGUGGACGGAGAUAUUUCACCAUAAAUCACAAAACAGGGAAGCUGGUUGUGAGUGACCGCAUUGACCGAGAGACAGUUUGUGAAUUCAGUGGCACCUGUACACGCAACCUUGAGGUGGUAUUAGAGAAUCCACUGGAGGUGCACAACGUCGAGGUGGACAUUUUAGACGUAAACGAUAACGCGCCACAAUUCCCUCGAGAUGAAUAUCAGCUCGAGGUUUCUGAGUCCGCUCUAACCAGCUCCCGCUUUCACAUAGAGGGAGCUCAGGAUGCAGAUGAUGGUUCCAACUCUGUGAAGCAAUACCGCCUCAGCCCAAACGACCACCUCACCCUGGACUCCAUUAAACCAUUUUCAAAUAAUAAGCACAUCGAGUUUAUUCUUAAAAAGCCCUUUGACCGCGAGCAGAAGCCAUCUCAUCAGUUAAUCCUGACAGCAAUGGAUGGAGGAACCCCACAGAGAACUGGUACAGCCAUAAUCAAUGUACGUAUACUUGAUGCCAAUGACAAUGUACCUGCGUUUGACAGCUCCGUGUACAAAGUAAAAUUGUACGAAAACUCUCCGAAGGGUGCACUUGUGAUCAAGCUAAAUGCAACAGACCCUGAUGAGGGCUCAAAUGGUGAAGUGUUCUAUUCCUUCAGCAGUUACACACCAGAAAGAGUCAGACAGAUGUUUUCCAUGGACACAGAAACAGGCGAAAUCAGGGUGAAAAACAACAUAGACUUUGAGGAGACAAACUCUUAUGAAAUGUACAUACAGGCUAUGGACAAGGGGCCAGCUGCAGUGGCUGUUCACUGUAAAGUAGUGGUAGAAGUUUUGGAUGUCAAUGACAACAUUCCUGAGAUUGUACUGUCUUCACUCUCUAGUCCUGUACGUGAGGAUGCCCGGGCUGACACAGUUGUAGCAUUGAUCAGUGUGAAUGAUCGUGACUCUGGAACAAAUAAACAAGUUACUCUUGAGAUCAUGCCCAAUCUGCCUUUUAGGAUCAAGUCUUUCCGGAACCACUAUACUAUUGUUACAUCCGCUUUCCUAGACCGGGAAACCAUCUCAUCCUACAAUGUCACUGUCAAUGCUGUGGAUAGAGGCACCCCACCCCUGUCAUCUCAAAUGACCUUUAAGGUUGCUGUUGCUGACGUGAAUGACAACCCGCCUCGUUUUGAACAGACAUCAUAUACUGUUUAUAUUACAGAGAACAAUGCUCCCGGUGCACCUCUGUGUGUUGUUAAAGCCAUAGAUGCUGAUGUUGCUGAAAAUGCACGCAUCACCUAUACUGUCCUGAAUGACAACAACCAUGGCAUCCCUGUAGCCAGCUACGUCAGCAUCAAACCUGACAAAGGUGAAGCCUAUGCCCUGCGAGCCUUCGAUUUUGAGAAGUUGAGAGAGUUUCACUUUCAGGUUAAAGCCCAGGACAAUGGUAAGCCUCCCCUCAGCCGUGUGGCCACCGUGUAUGUUUACAUUAUGGAUCAGAAUGACCAUGUGCCCAGGAUAGUCUACCCACCUACCAAUGGCAGCCGCACCACAGAAACGCUGAUGAAAAACGCUGAAGCAGGAGUGUUGGUUACCAAGGUGACAGCAUGGGAUGGUGACGCUGGACAGAAUGCUUGGCUGCUUUACGCUUUGGAGCAGACCAACACAGAUCUGGACCUGUUCAAGGUGCAUGAGUACACAGGAGAGAUACGCACCACAAGGCGGGUCAUUGAGGACAACUCCACCUCCUUCACUUUGACAGUGCGUGUGCAUGAUAACGGUUUACCGCCACUCUCCUCCACAGCCACCAUCCAUGUGCACGUAAUGGAGCUGCCUCCAAAGUUAACCCCUGACCCUAAGCGUAUUAUCCGACCCAACAGCCCCCUGAUGUUUUCAAACGUCACCCUCUACCUCAUCAUUGCCCUUUGUGCCACAACUUUUGUGUUCCUGGUCACCAUCUUUGUGCUGGCCAUUGUGCGUUGCCAUGCCUACUGCACCCAGCCUGGCUCCUGCUCGCCAUGUUGUGUAUCCAAGAAAAGUGUUCCAGAGGGUGGCAAUGCAGCAGGUGGUGGUGGUGGUGGGGGAGGAGGAAGAGCUGCAGCUUCAGGUGGAGGUGGAGGUGGAGGUGGCUUAGGACAACCAAAUGACAAUAUGGCCAUGCGACGUGAUCUCAAAGGGGAACCGCAUUAUAUUGAAGUGCGGGGAAAUGGGUCUUUGACUAAAACAUACUGUUACAAGACAUGCCUGACAGCCACGUCAGGAAGUGACACAUUUAUGUUCUACAACACGGGACGGCCACACAGUGGCACCUGGGGCUCGGGCUACGUCACCAGCCACAGCGGACAGAGCCAAUUAAUUGUACGCCGACUCAGUAUGCCAGAUGCAACUGCCAUUCAGCCCAGAGUACCGAGUCAAGACUGGAGAUAUUCAGCCUCCCUGAGAGCAGGCGGUGUGAUGCAGAGCUCUGUGCACAUGGAAGAGUCCUCAGUAAUGCAAGGAGCCCAGGGUGUCCUGGUUCAGAACUGGCCCACUGCAUCUAGUGCUGCAGAUGCUGAAGGGGGAGAAGUUUCACCCCCAAUGGGUGCUGGCGUAGACAGCAACAGCUGGCACUUUCGCUAUGGCCCCGGCGGUCCUGGUGCACCCCCGCAGCACCUGAAACCUGGCGAUGUUCCCCCAGAAGCCUUCAUCAUCCCUGGCUCGCCCGCCAUUAUAUCCAUCAGACAGAACCAGGGAGGAGAGGACGACAAGAGCGAUUUCAUCACCUUUGGAAAGAAAGAGGAGGCCAAGAAGAAGAAGAAGAAGAAGAAGGAGAAGAAAGACAAGAAGGAUAAGGGGAAGGAUGAUGGAGAUGAGUAGAGGAGUGGAAAAAGUAACUAAUAAAGAAGAAAAGGGCGCUGUUAAAACAGAGGUACCAACCAAAGUCCACUGGGCAAAAAGAAAAUGUGAAACCUAUUUUAGAUUUUCCAAUUUAAUUUUAUUGCCUAAUUUUAAUGAUAAUAUUUUAAACAACCUGGCCUUACCAAGACUUAUUUUACCAUCAGUCCCUUACUGAAGGUAAAUUAUUGAUCUUGCCUUGACAACAAUAAAAUGAUUGAUUUUGCUCCACGCCCCUAUGUGCCUAUAUACCCUGAGUCAACUCAUGACAGUCAUCUCUUCCAAUAAGGAAUGACCACUCUUUGCCCUCGUCUUGAAUUUUGUUAUCCUUUAACCCACUGGGCACGUUGGCACCUCUGUCUUACCCCCUCCCCAACUGAUGUGUAAACCAUUCUCUCUGAGAGAAGACAAAUACUUUGUACAAGAACAACAAAAAGCUCUGUGCCAGCCAAGGAAAAGAAAUAAGAAUGACAAAGAAGAUUGGGACAGAUGCAUGCCAUCUGGAGCUGGACACACACUACUUGUAAAUAGCACAGGAGAGUCACUGAAACUAAGGCUUACAUGACACUGCUGCAGAUUCCUCUGAUAGUUACCAACAGUGUUCCUGAGAUCUUAAUGAAACCACAUGCACACAUACGCAUGCUCACACAUUCAAACAUAAAUACACAUACUAACCAGGGCAAAGUAGACAAGGAAAGCACUUGAGAACCAGAGAGAGAAAUAAAAAAGGAGAGUAAAUCCACUGACAUCAAACAAAUGUGCUUAAAAGUAGGCAAGCUUUUUGCCCUGCACUGUCACCUAUGCGGUGUGCAUGUGUACAAUGACUCUCUCCGAAUGGAAGCCGAAUCCUUUGCCAUCACUCUGUAUUUCCUCGCUGCAUUUGAAUGACACAGAGAGCUUCAUCUCCUACCAGAACUCCAACAGAGGAAUGCAGAGAGCACUGGAAAGAUGAAGAAAUGGGAGGAUACCUCACACUUUCCUGAGGAUCACAGAGGGGAGAGUCCUGCUGAGCUGGCUUGUGACUCCGCUUUAAGUCAGUAGACUCUUCUGAAAUAUUACACAAUAUUAGGAGUCUUGAGAUUUUGACACCACCUUCUCUUCUCCCCCUGCCGCAGCAAAAGCCUAAUGGUUUCUGCUUUGAAUGUUUGGUAGCAACCAGUCCUUACCUGAUACCUUGAGUUUACAACUGCUCCCUUGCUUGUACUUGCCCCAAGCUGCCACGAGCCGUCGUCACCUCCCCCAGCUGCCUUUUUUUCUCCACGGUCACCCAUCCCACUGGCUGCCUCUUCAUGUGAUGAUGCAGUUUAUGAACUUAUUCUGUUGUUCAUUUUUUCUCUAAAGAGAUUACAUACUCCUACAUUUUUUUUUUCUUCCUUUUAAGCUUUAACUGCUUUAUGCGUGUCAUGCCCGUUAUUACCGUCAGACACUGCCCCCAGCCCCCUCUCUGACCCCUGCUCAGGAUUGAUCCUGGGAAUGGCCUGCUCUGAACAUUGUGGUGUGCUGAGAACAGCAUGGAGUAAUGUGGAUGUGGCCUGGGGAAGCCCAGUCAUGGGUCUAUGCCCUGAAUUCUUGUCAGAUGUCUCUCUAAGUGCACAACGGUUCAGUGCUUUUAACUUUCGUGUACAACAGUACGCUGUUAAUUUCCUGUGUGUUGCCACUGAUGAGAGGGGAGUAGGUGGGAUGAAGCAUUAUACUGGGAUGGAGGACUGGUAUAAAUUGAGGGGAAGGGUGCCGUGGGCUGGCCCUCCAUCUCCAUGUACACGAGAAGAAAGCUGUCCUCCAAAUUGAUUGUUUAGGAUCGUUGAGUCAUAUAUUAGCUUUUAUCUACGCUGUAAACCUAGCGUAGACUCUUCAUAGAUUGUCUCUGCAUUAGUAAUUGAAACCUGCUUAAAAAAGGGCAUCUAGGGAAUCCCAUCCCAUGGCUAUAUCCCACCAAUCCUCUCUCUGGAGGUUUUGAAAAAGGGCACACUCAUGCCUCAAGACCUGCUUCUGUUGGUUCCCCUCCCCUGCCUGUAACUUGUUGCCACGUCCCUAAAGUUUUGCGGCUCAGUAUGACGUCACUCCAUUAAGUGGCUGCUGCAUGUACUGCUCUAAGGAAACACAUACUAUAUAGAGAAAUAUAUAUAUAAAUAGAUAGAUGGCUAUGAUUUUAUUCUUUUGUAUUAUCAUUUUUCUUCAUUACUCACACAGGAGAUAUUUGUAUGUACUUAUGUCUCUGCCAAACAUCUAUGUACUACAAUCUUCACGCUCCACCAAUGUUGUACGGCAUCCACUAAACCUCUUUAGAUAUUUGUAAAUGCUAUAGUGUGAUACCUUCCAAUGCAAGUUUGUUUUUUUUAUUUUACUAACUAUGAUUUUUGCUUUUGAAAACAAGCAAAGCUAGUAAAAAAAAAAAUUUAAAAAAAUCACUCUUUGUGUCCAGCUUUGACAUGAUGAUCUAACUAACACUGUAAUAUUGUAACUGAAAUAUGUAUGAUCCUAUGAUGAGCUAUCACUUCCCUUUCACUCUUAAAAAAAAAGAAAACCUACAAAAAAAAUAUAUUCCAGUGUAUAAAAAGGUAUAUGUAUUGUAUGCUUGUGUUUAGUGAGUUCAUGCUAUCAUUCUUUCCCAAUGUAUGGUGGUGAACUAUGGUGGCAAUGUGCUGUCCUAAAUGGAUUGGCCAUGAUCUGUUGUAAAACCUUUUUUUUUUUGUACACCUGCUCAUCAACUGUGACAGUGAAGUAGUGCAUUUCAUUUAGUUCAUUUAUUUUCAGACUUUUUUAUUUUACCUAAAUGGAUACAGUGGUAAUGUGUUUUGUUAAUAAAUCACUAAUAAAGUUUUCUUUCUUAAAAAUAAA